CACAACUUUUCAACUUCCUACCAAUUCGCAAUGGUCAACAUCCCCACGACAUUCAAGGCCUACGAGUUCGCCAGCUACGGCGACGUGCUCAAGGAAGCCAAACUCAAUACCAACGUCUCGCAGAAGCCGCUGCAACACACACAUGUGCGUGUCAAGGUCGUGAGCGCCGCUGUCAACCCACUCGACUACAAGUUGCUCCUAUUCGGGUCUGCCUUCUUACCAACGGGUCCGACGGCUGAGAACCCAUUGCGAAUGGGCUUCGACAUGGCUGGUGUCGUGGUUGAGGUCGGUAGCGGUGAUGUCCAGGGCUUCAAAGUCGGUGACGCUGUGUACGGCACACCCGACAUCACUGCAGGUGGGAGCUUCGGCGAGUACUUUGCAGUUGAUGCCAAGUACUUGGCGCACAAGCCAAGUAACUUGACGUUCAACGAAGCUGCAGGAGUGCCAAUGGCGGGUCAGACCAGCUACCAGGCGCUCAACAACCUCGGAAAGCUGGAGGCUGGCCAACGUGUGCUCAUUUUGGGCGGUAGCAGCGCAACUGGACAAUUUGGCAUUCAGAUUGCUAAUGGAAGGCCACAGUCUGGUUCUUGCGCAUGA